AUGGAUGAUGUUGAGAAGGGCAAGAAGAUUUUUGUUCAGAAGUGUGCCCAGUGCCACACCGUGGAAAAGGGAAGCAAGUACAAGACUGGGCCAAAUCAGCAUGGUCUGUUUGUGUGGAAGACAGGUCAGGCCCCUUGUUUCUCUUACGCAGAUGCCAACAAGAACAAAGGCAUCAUCACUCGGGAAGAGGAGGCACUGAUGGAGUAUUUGGAGAAUCCCAAGAAGUACAUGCCUGGAACAAAAAUUAUUUUUGCUGGCAUUAAGAAGAAGGCUUAA